UUCUGGCCUCGGGCUGGGCUGCCGGCCCAAGAGAGGCCCUAGUGGUCCUCCUCAUUCCAGGCCAGGCCCUGGUCCUCCUCAUUCCAGGCCUCCCCCCAUCACCGGCCGCCGCCCGCCGCGCGGCGCCUCCGCACUCCCAUCACCGGCCGUCGCCGUCCCGCCCUUCAUGGCCGGGCAGUCCGACCCGCACCUCUCCAUCUUCUCGCCCUCCGAGGUGGAGUUCGUGGCGGAGGAUGAGAUCGUCGACAUCGUCCCCAACAUUCGCAUGGACGCCCUCAACAUGAUCUGCGGGGACUUCGGGCCCUUCUACCCGCAAGUCCCGACCAAGGUGCCGCUCUGGCUCGCUGUCGCGCUCAAGAAGCGUGGCAAGUGCACCAUCCGCACCCCGGACUGGAUGACUGUUGACCGUUUGACACAGGUACUGGAAGCAGAAAGAGAGUCCUCUCGAGAAUUCCAGCCAUUACCAUUCCACUAUAUUGAGAUUUCUAAGCUGCUGUUUGAUCAUGCACGUGAUGACAUCUCAGAUGCAUACUUGGUGAGAUCUUUGAUUGAGGACAUCAGAGAUGUCAGAUUCCACAAGGUUGAGACUGGAUUAGAGACAAUAUCUGGACGCACUCAUGCUGUAAAGCUCAAAAAUCUGUCUGCAAUGGAAGUGAACAUUGUCCGUCCUUUCAUGGUGAGAACUUUGCAGGCAUUCUAUAAGCAUGAUAGUCCACAGAUGAUUCAGCAAGCAGAUACUACAGGGAGCAGGCCAACACCAGUUACAGACCGUGGUCCAAGAAGAGAUCUAAGACGCAGGUAGUGAGCAUGGUAUGCAUGUGCCUAUCACAUGUAUUUGCGAAGUAUAUCUGAGGACAGCAGUCGUUAAAGGUUGGCAUUGCUUUCUUGCAAUGUUACAUGCUAAGAAUGUGUUAAUGUCCUGACCCCCUGAGAUCUAUCAAAUAGUAAAGGCAAUGGUGCAUCGUCCAUUAAUUAGAAGUUUUUCUAAACUGUUAUAUUCGAUCUGGUUGUAUUCGGGGAAAGGUAAAGAUAGUAAGCGACGGCAAUAAUCUCUCUCAAAAAGAAGAUAUUUUCCCCGAAUGAUUGAACAAGUGCAUGUUACCGUUUGGUAGUUAAUUAUGCUUAAAAGUUUGAUAAGUCGUCAUUAUAUAAAAAAAGUCUGAUUAUUCAUGCCUGCCCAUGGCCAGAAUUGUAUUCUAAGCUUAUCCUAGAGUGUACUUGAUGAGAUGGAUGUAUCCAUGGAUUGUGGUAUGGAUAACACAAGGAUGCAUAGUGCUCAA